CUCCGCGGCUCCUCAUCAUGUGUUGUGAGGAGCGGAAGGAGGCGAGCAGCGUCGGGACGAACAUGGCGAUUGUGAAUCGGGGCUCCACGAAAUGGCUUUUCAACCGGGAGCAAAUCGAGAAUUCACCGUCCCGUCGCUGCGGAAUCGAGCCGGACCGGGAGCUGUCUUACCGGCAGCAAGCUGCCAAUCUAAUCCAGGACAUGGGGCAGCGGCUCAACGUCUCCCAGCUCACCAUUAACACCGCAAUAGUCUAUAUGCACAGAUUUUAUAUGCUGAAUUCCUUCACAAAGUUCCAUCGAAAUAUCAUCUCUCCUACCACUCUAUUUUUGGCUGCUAAAGUAGAAGAGCAACCCAGGAAACUUGAACAUGUCAUUAAAGUGUCGCACGCCUGUCUUAACCCACAAGAACCCCCACUGGAUACCAGUAGCAAUGUUUACCUCCAACAAGCCCAAGAGUUGGUGCUGCUAGAAACCAUAGUGCUGCAAACACUUGGGUUUGAGAUUACUAUAGAGCAUCCACACACAGAUGUUGUGAGAUGUUCCCAACUAGUUCGAGCAAGCAAGGACUUGGCCCAGACGUCGUAUUUCAUGGCUACCAACAGCCUGCACCUGACCACAUUCUGCUUGCAGUACAAGCCCACAGUGGUGGCCUGUGUGUGUAUCCACUUGGCCUGCAAAUGGUCCAACUGGGAGAUCCCCAUCUCGUCUGAUGGAAAACACUGGUGGGAGUACCUGGAUCCCACGGUCACCCUGCAGCUGCUUGACCAAUUAACGCAUGAGUUUCUACAGAUUUUGGAGAAAACGCCCAGCAGGUUAAAAAGAAUCCGAAACUGGCGGGCCACACAAGCUGCUAAAAGAUCAAAAACAGAAAGCCAACCAGUGGACUCUUCUUUCCAGACUUCUUCCCUGAGCCAAGAAAGCCUAAUGUUGGAUGGCAAGACUGACCUCAUGGGAGGCAUGUACUCUGAACCUUCCACCUCAUUCCAACUGGAUGGUGGCCCUCUCUCCCUUAAUGGCCUGUCGAACUUGACCUCCUCCUAUGGCUUUGUGGCCCAGAGUACCCAGCAGCCUGACGCCUUCCUAAACUUGCAGGGGGCGUCCGUCGGCAAACACAGUCAGUGUCCGGCCCCGGUAGCCACGCAUAAACUCUCCUUGGAGAAGUACCGCGAGAAGCAGGCCGCUGACCUCCUGCAGCGUCGGAGACACGCAGACGAGGGCGACUUGCACCGCAAACAUCUGCUUCCUGAUCCCACGGGUCCGGCUUCAUCUGCAGCGCUGUUGUCGUCGUCCUCUUCCUCAGGGUCUCGCGCUAAAUACAGCCAGCCCGGGCAGGAGCGAGCAUCAAAGAGCGGCUCGCUGAAACGUCGGCAUCCUUCCUCCUCCUCCGCCUCGGUGGAGAACGGCAGUGCGAACCAGGAGGAGCUGAAGAUGAAGAUUAAAGUAUCGGAGAGUGGAGGAAGCAGCAGUGGCAGUAGUAGUGGUAAGAGCAGACACAGCCCUCGCUCUGGCCGAGAGAAACACAGGGAGCACUCGUCCCAGCGAGCGCCCAAGCACGACGCCUCGCACUCGCACGGCCACACGCAUGCUCACGCUCACGUUCACACGCACAGCAGCCACCACAAAGCCCACCGUUCCUCCAAGACCCACUCUGCCCCUGCUCCCUUGCCUAUGAGCCAAACCCUGGGCCAUGCCCAGCUGGGAAAGAUGGGAGACAGCAGGAGGCAAGGGGAGGGGCAGAGUGCAGAGGGAGGAGCCUCGCUGUGCUUGAAUGGGCAGCACAUGGACUACACAGACACAUUCAACAUGCUUGACUCCUUGCUCAAUGCACACAACAUGAACUAUUAACCCACAUACCCCACAGGAAAAAGAAACACAGAUGGUUUUACGUGUAAAAUUUUUAAAAAUGAAGAAAAAAAGUUUUUUUUUUUUUUAACGAACUAUUUUACGUUAGGAUCAACCAGUCCGUUACAUUUCAUAUUCUCCCUCUCUUAAUUUAACCAUGCUAUGUUGCGCUACUCAAAAAAAGUACAAAAAAGACAAAAAGAGAGAAAAGAAAAAAAAGUGAAAGUUGUAGUUAUGUAUGUAAACAGUAUAUUCACAGUUUAAAAGCUUCCUACGAGAACAGCCUGUGAAAUCCAUGUGUACUGUAAUUGCGUUUUCAUUCCAGCUGUAGCAGCGGAAGAACGGCAGAUUACACAAAUAGCGACAAAUCUUUAAAUGGUUCUGUAAGUGUUUGUACUGUAUACUUGAUUCUUUUCAAAUCAAAGGGAUGAAAUGAAAUUUGAAAAGACUUUGCAGACUGUUUAUGUAUUGAAGGUGCAGACAACUGUUCACCCUUUUAUUUCCCUUGUUUUUAAAAGUUCUAUCUGUCAGAAUAUAAUUCUCAUUAUGCUCAGGUUUGGAGAUGCUUAAAUGUGUAACAUUACAUCUAUAAACAUAUCUAUGUGGGAAUGUAGAACGUUGGCGAUUCCGGCUGUAGGGACUCCUGAACCUAGCGACCUCUUUCUCAUCAUAAGUUCAUAAGUCCUUGAAAGAAAAAAAAAAAAGAAAAGAAAAAAGCAAAAAUGAAACAAACCCCUUUAUUGUCCUGCCUUUAUCUUUGUUGUGAUGGAGUGAUGUCCAUCCUCAUUUGGUGGCAUGUAUCUUCUUCAUGAGUCUAGCGUAUGGUUGGUUCCUUGGGCUGCGGGCCUUGAUUUAUUUUAUUUUUGGUUUUUUAAUUAAUUUAGUUUAAAUGGCUUUCCUUCUUCCUGCCCUUCCUCCUACCUCAAUAGCCCUUUAAACUGACGUGGAGGCCAGCAAACUUCGGGUGGGGUGGUGUGAUCAGAUCAGGAGGAGGGGGACUAUGGGUAUUGUAGUCCUUCCUGUCGUGACCGUAAUCAUAUGCUUCUGUUUAAAACCAUGCUUGCUGAGGUUGGCAUGGCCUGGCUUUUCCAGACACAGUUAUAAUCUGUGUUUUCCAGAAGCUGGUUCUUAGCUUCCAGUGUUCCUGUAGCAUGUUUGCUGCACACAUUCUGGAAGCAGCCUCAUGGUCCUAUGGAAGGGCUGUUGUGCCCUGUUGUUUCCCCCUCAUAUGAUGUGGAUAUUGCGAAAACUAACUCCAGAUCUUGCAUUUUAACACUGGAGUUAGUUUUAAUACAGGAGUGUUCCAGUUCUCUAUACCAAAAUCUCUAUCAUUGUGUUCAUAAGGAACUAUCCUCAGAUCAGGUUCAAAGAUGGAACACCCUCCCCCAAAACACCCAACACCCCAAGGGACCAGUAGCUCAACGCCAAAGGCAGUGCCUCAUUGUAACACAUACAGUUGCAGUGCUUCAGGAGAACGUUUUUCUUCGCGUGAAGUGCUUUUUAUUUCCCCCCCUUUAACGCCACAGUUAUUUGUAAUAGCCUUGAAUUUGAGUCGAAAGUGAUGUUGGACAAUUACCUAAUAAAUCACCAUGCAACACAAAA